GUUGGGGGGUGGGGGAGGGAGAAGGAGCUACAGCAAACUCAAGGAAUCUGACUAGUUCCCUCCUGCCUGAUGGCAUUGUUGCCCUGGGCGGAGCUGCUGGGUUUAAAGAGCCGGAACCCACCUGCACUGAACACAGCCCCAGAAGCCUCUCUAAACCUGCUUUCUGCACCUGGCUCUCAGCCCUGCCCUCAAGGUGUGUCAUGAAGAGAGUGACCCGGGGCCUUCUUACACUGGCAGGCCUGCCUGCCUUGGAAGCCAAUGACCUGGUUGAUAAAGACAGUACCUUCUAUUAUGACUGGGAAAGCCUGCAGCUGGGUGGGAUGAUUGUUGGAGGGCUCCUGUGCAUCGCUGGAAUCUUGAUAGCUCUGAGUGGAAAAUGCAAAUGCAAAUACAAUAAGAAGCACAGCCCCUUACCUGAGAGAGCCACUCCACUCAUCACUCCAGGCUCUGCCAGUACCUGCUGAGCACAGGACCAGCUUUGCGGCAUCUCCGUACCAGCUCCCAUGCUGUUCCCUCCCCACUUGGGGCCCUUAUUCUCUACGAUGGCCCUUCUCUCCAAAGCUGGGCCCUUCAGCUUCCGUCUGAUCAGGACACUGUCCAAAGCUUAUUUCUAAAUUAAACUGUCUCACUCCUCCCUC